AUCGAUAAUGGAAGAGAGGGGGAUUUAUGUCUACUGUUUUUCCGUCAAAUUUCUGUCGACAGUCACGUAAAGAUGAUCAGUGUCGAGACUCAAUAUUUUAACAUCAAUCGAAUUCUGUUGCUUAGCAUUGGUUUGUGGCCUUAUCAACGGUCGUCUUUAACUGAACUUCAAUUAAUUUUACUUUUAGGUACUCUGAUAUCUUUUAUUGUAUUUCAGUUAACAACGUUUAUAACAUCGGAAUGUACUUUGGACCUAAUCUAUAAAGUUUUAUCUUCUGCAUUCUUUUUCACUUGUCUUGCAGUUAAAUACAAUUCGUUUUGGAUUAAUACCCAUAUUUUAAGAAGUGCGCUGGAGCAACUUAAAAAUAUAUGUAAUGAAAUAAAAGACAAAAAUGAAAUCGCUAUCAUAGAAAAGUAUGGAAAGAAAGCUAAGCAUAUGACGAUUGGACUUUUAUUACUUGGCAUUUGCUUUCAAUUUAUUUUUGUUUUGCUGUAUAUUUGCCCGUAUGUUUGUUAUAUUAUGAUCCUUAAGAAUUCUCGAUCACAUUCUUCGUCAUACAUUAUGACAGAAUAUUUUAUUGAUGAAGAAAAAUAUUCUUACUUAAUUACGGUGCAUAGACAUGUAGCAUGUUUAAUAGGCUUAUUGGCAAUGGUAGCGACAGGAACUAUGCUCAUAACAUAUCUUCAACAUACUUGUGCAAUGCUUAGUAUCGCCUGUUACCGUAUCAAGCUGGCACUUGAUAUCUCACGAAAUAGUGAUUUAAAAAAUGAGCAAAAAAGUUGUAAGGAUAUAAUUCGUGCUGUAAACAUUCAUAGCAACGCUAUAAAGCUAAGCAACUUUUUAAUAACCAAUUUUGAGGGAUCGUUUUUUUUCUUGAUAGCGGCUGGCAUGGUUUGCCUGAGCUGUAAUCUUCUUCGGAUUGUGUCAUUUACCGAUAACAUUGGACAACUUAUAUUAUCUCUAACAUUUAUAAUUAUCCUCUAUGUGUACUUGUUUCUAUCCAAUUAUACUGCACAAGAAAUUACAGAUCACAAUGAAUAUGUGUUUGCUACAGUAUAUAAUGUUCAUUGGUAUAUGGCUCCAAUACGGACACAGAAAAUGAUACUUUUUUUACUACAAAAGGGUACUAAGAGUUUUCAUCUGAUUCUUGGUGGAAUAUUUGUAGCGUCAAUGCAAAGUGCCGCUUCGUUGACGAGCACUUCCAUAUCAUAUUUCACCGUUCUUUAUUCUACCCAGCAUAAUUAAAAGUAUGAUAAAGUAAUUACAAAUAAUAUGAAGCCGAUUGAACUCGUAUCGAUCAUCUUCAAGAUCUAGAUGUAGCAUGACUAAUAUACUCGAAAGAGGAAUGUAGUCUUUAUUUAAUAGUAAGAGAAUUAUUAUUACGUAUUUUAA